UGGUAGUAACGGAUAGUAUAUACAUAUAUUGCAUAACAUAUAUAAUACGUAUACUCCUACCCCUUUCGAGCAACCCUUGGCCCACUGUGCCACGAGAUCUGUAUAAUCGGGGACACAUGCGCUGGUUGCACGCACUGCCAGCUGCGAUUACAUGCAACCGCCACAGGCGACCCUGAUUCAGACAUAACGGGGGUUCAGACAAUGGACAUAUAUAGCUCAGAAAUCGGCCAGACACAUGCCACGCGCUUCCUACUCAGUCGAGCGGGCUUGCUCAGCUGCAGCAGAUCGAAUAGGAUGCGAUUCAAGACGAGCAUAACCAUUGCCCACGGAGAGCCACCCAGGAAUCGGCGGCUAAUGGAGCUGGACGACGACUGUCUGCUAAUGAUUUGCGAACAUCUAGCGCUGGGAGACCAACUGAGACUGAUGGAAGUGCAGGAGGAGCGAUUUUCGAGCUUGAUACUCCAAUUGUGGUCCAACAGAUACGCCAAGCUAUUUGAUUUUCGCCGGGAGCAGCAAUUAAACCCGCUAAAGCCCGACGAGCUGGCUCAAAUAUUGGAUCACUUAGGCUGGCGAACAAGAGCCUUAAUUAACCUGCCAGGAACCGGCGAAGGAUGCCGGAAGUGGCUCAAGCGGAUGCGACAAAGCCUCACCCAUUUGCAGAUACUCAGUUUCACGAAAAGCAAUACAUUGGUAAUACAGAGACUCCCCCACCUGUGCCCCAAUGUGGUGGACCUUAAGCUUGACGAGUGUGAGGGUUUAACACCCCUUGAUGUGGAUUUCAUGUUUGAAAAUCUUAAAAACCUAAGAGCAUUUGAAAUGCGCUCUAGUUGGAACUGCAGCCAACAGAGGUACCAGUAUCCCAGAAAUCUGGAGAUCCUGAAACUACCAGCUUGUAUGGUUACCGCCUGCGUUUCUCAGAUCUUUCAAUUGCCCCGACUGCGCCUAUUGACAGCUUUUCUGUGUCAAAAUUCCGAGCACGCCCACCUGGACAAUGAUGGCAAGGCGAAUUGCAGUGGCACAGGAACUUUGUCCGCGUGCCUGCAGCAAAUUCGGGGUCGCAAUUGUCGGAUUGUGGGUCUCCGUAUGCAGUGUCGACUGGAUGACUGCCUGCCAGUCGUCGACGUGGAGGAGGUAUUCCGGCUGCAAUCCUUUGCCUGGCACUCGCAGCUGACGGUGCACUAUGAUGUGGCGGACAGCAGCGUCAAGUGGAUGCCACAGCGACCGCAGGCCGUGCGGUCCCUCCUCCGCUUCCUAGCCACCCAGGCGGCCAGUUUGCGGGAAUUGGAUUUCACGCGUAACGCACAUGCCACGCCCACAUUCCUCGCACAACUGGACGCCCACUUGAAGCGGGCCGGCGGAUGUCCUUCCAUCCAACUGACAAACACGGAUGCGGAUGUAGAAGCGGAUAGGGGUGCGGAUGCGGAUACGGCUGAGACAAACGAUUUGGCGUUUGUCGAGCUGAAAUUGCUGCAUUUGCCUAAUGAACAAACGGAAGCGGGCACCGUAGAGAUGACAGCGAUGAGGGAUUAGGCCAAAAGGAUAAUGGAUUGCUGAUGUAGGGAGAGAAUAACAGCAAAUUAGGUAAAUCUCGUGUGCUCCCCCUGAGAAUUUAAAGUCAACAUGUACUCAUGGUGUAAUUUCUUUAAGCAAUAUUUAACAAUAAAUAUGUUCUGAAAUUAGAGCAAAGUAAAACAUUUUAAA